AUGUUUAGCCAACCAUUCCUUAUCUUGAUCCUGGUGCAUUUGUGCGCUGCAGGAUGUCUGGACUGGCUUUGCUGUUGGAAAGGGAAUGAUGAUGAUGGAAGUUGUAAAAAUGUAAGAGAAGCAAAGAGAACGGCAGCCGCGUGCGUGUCACUAUGUAUAAGAAGGGGCUCCUGUCGAAGACAUUAUGGUUAUUUCGGAGAACCCCUGCCUAAAUGUCGCAAAUGCAUUGGAAAAUGUCUUAAAAAACAUGGGCUAGAAAAUCCGUACGAUAAACCUGCGCAAGGAAACAGAACGAUAGGAAGUAAGGAAGAGUAA